AUGCAUUCUUCUUCUUCUUUGAUCAGAGCUCUUCUUAUUAGUUCAACCGCUGCGUCGCCACUCCUUUCGACAAAUGUCGAUACUGGUAUCCUCAAUGCAGAUGUUGACCUCCAAAAUGUUGAGCCUUCCCUCAAGCCACUCUUUCAAUCUGGAUCUUCCACAACAGUCAACAUUACUUCUGGAUGCAAAGUAUACCCAGGAGAUCCCCAAUGGCCAUCCGACGUUGCGUGGGAAGAACUCAACAAACUCACUGACAACCGCUUAAUUGCUAAACCCACUCCUUUGGCCUCUGUAUGCUACCCCGGCGCGGACUACAAUGCUGCAAAGUGCUCAGAAUACACGGUGCCAGAAUGGCAAAAGUCCUAUGUUCACAUGCAGGAUCCGAUCGAAAUGAUGUCGCCUGUUGCACAGGGCUUGACUUGCGCGCCACCAAGUCUUUACGACUCUCGCGGCUGUACUCGUGGUGGGUUCCCAAUGUACGUUGUCAACGCCACUGAGCCAAAGCACGUUCAACUGGCCGUCAAUUUUGCGAGGAACACUGGGGUCAGAUUGAUCAUCAGGAACACAGGCCACGAUUUUCUAGGGAAGAGCGGUGGAAAGGAUGCUCUGAGUAUCUGGACGCAUUGGAUGAAAGAUAUCGAAUAUAUUGAAGAGUACGUCGACAAAGAAAUAGGAUAUUCGGGCCCUGCUUUCAAGGCUGGCAGUGGCGUUCAAGCCUUUGAGCUAUACCAGGCCGCUCACGACAAAGGCAAAGUCGUUGUAGCUGGCGAGGGCGAGACGGUUGGCAUCAUGGGUGGAUACAUCCAGGGCGGCGGUCACUCUCCCCUGACUGGUCUCUACGGCACAGGCGCAGACAACGUCCUCUCCAUGGAAGUCGUCACCGCUGCGGGUGACUUCGUUGUCGCAAACUCGACAUCCAACACAGAUCUCUUCUGGGCUCUCCGUGGCGGCGGCGGUUCCACCUUUGGCGUCGUAACCUCUGUAACCGUAAGAGCCCACCCCGACCUCCCCGUAACCGCCUCACGCUUCGGCUUCUCCUCCGCUCAAACAGGCAACGAGACCUUCUGGGCCGCCAUACGCGCCUACAUCGACCUCUGGACCGCCAACGCCGACGCAGGAACAUACACGUACUGGACGCUCAUUCCCACCAACGGCACCUUUGCCUUUGCCUUCUCCCCCUUCUUCGCCCCCAACAAGACUGUCGACGAGGCCACCGCCCUCCUCCAACCCUGGUUCACCAAACUCACCGACCUAGGCAUCACGUUCAACCCAAACAUGACCCACUUCGACAACUUCUACGCCGCCUGGCGCUCUUCCUUCCCGCUCGAAGCCGUGCAAAAGCCAAACGUAGCAACCGGCUCCCGCCUCUUCCCCCGCGCCAACUUUGUCAGCGCAGAGAAACGCGAGGAAUGGUUCAAAAACAUCCGCCAGUCGAGCGAGAAGAAUCGCGUCCAAGUCCAUUUCAACAUGCAGGCCAAAAACCCUUUUCUCGCUGAUGGCCCCGCAAACAGCAACGCUGUAAAUUCCCACUGGCGACCCCUCGUCAGCUUCAGCAUGCAAUCCGUGCGCUGGCCACUCAAUAGUACCGCCGCUGAGAUCCUACGCAUACGCCGUGAUUUCCAAGCGGGAGACAUGCAGCGCUGGCGUGAUAUUAGUCCCGGUACCGGCAGUUAUCUCGCAGAGGCUGAUCGGCUGGAACCGGAUUUUGGCGAGGCGUUUUGGGGCGAGGGGUAUGAGCGGUUGAGGAAGAUCAAGGCCGAAGUCGAUCCACUGGAUGUGUUUUAUGCGACUACGGGGGUCGGUAGCGAGAGGUGGGAGGUUCGAAGUGUGGAUGGGUUGCCUAAUGAGAAUGGGAAGUUGUGUCGCGUCUAG